AUGCUCUUCAAGGUUGCACUUCAAGACCGGUGGUAUAUCAUCUUUGAGGAAAGAUUGGCUACGGCACAUGCGAAUUCAGCUUCCAAUUAAGUAUUAUGGCGAGUGAGCAGGCCAGGGCCGAUGAAACCCAAGUUCCUACCGCCUUAGCCAUCGUUACGAUUUUCACUGUACUUUCGUGCGCCUGCGUAGCCCUCCGGCUUUACACAAGGAGAAUAAUCUUGCGAAAUGUUGGAGCGGACGACUAUGUCAUCAUUGUGGCUCAAGUGCUCAACUUCGGAGUAGCAGCUGGAAAUUACGCAAUGCUUACAGCUGGGGGCGCAGGCCGACACAUUGAGUUUGUCGAGGACAAACUGACAGUUUUUUCAGAGAUACUAUUGGCCGCUAUAUUAAUCUAUAAUGCGACACAAAUUGCAAUCAAGAUAUCGCUCCUUCUCCAAUAUAGAAAGAUUUUCCCAGGCCGAAAUAUGCGAAUUAUCUGCAACUGGGGCACUGCGUUUCUUAUAAUGUGGGGAGCUGCACAACAGGUCUUCACUCCAUUCAUCUGCACAUUCACGGCAAUCACACAUAUUCCGCAAGGAGUUUGCGUCGGCAAUAACACACUAGCUGCGCUCAAUGCUGUCAUGAAUGUAGUUACUGAUUUUCUGAUUCUCAUCAUCCCUUUUAAGCCUGUACUUCAACUGCAAAUCAGUAUGUUGCGCAAGGUAUACCUGUUGGCUAUCUUAUGCAUGGGCUUAGGUGUAUGCAUCAUCUCCGCAAUCCGACUUGAUAUGCUUAUCGGACCCCAGUAUGACUGGAACGAUAUCACAUGGCAAAUCGGGACCGUUGCUUUUCUUUCUACCCUUGAAACCAGCCUUGGUAUCAUGUGUGCCUGUAUUCCUACACUUCGGCCACUAGUAAAGAGAUUUUCGCCAAAGAUGGCGGGAUCAAGUGGUAAGGAUCAAUCGACUACUGCCAACCAAUUUGGCACAAAGAGAGAGACGAGAUAUACGAGCAAUGGUCCUCUUAAAUCAAAGACUACCCACGACAACGCUAUAUACAUCCAAAAAGAUGUCCAUUUUCAAAGCACGACAGAACUUAGGGAUGUUUCGCCCAAAGACCCAUAUCAAGUUUCUCAACGAUCUUCCGAUGAUAUAAGCUUGUAAGCAGAACAACCGGUAACGAAUAGUUAGAAUCCAAUUUUCCAGUUUUUAGAACAAGACUAACUACUUGAUUUGAAAACCUAAUGCGGCACUGAUGGAUGAGUUCUCGUUUUUGUGUACACUAUUGUAAUACAUAUAAUCAGUGUGAAGCCACUAGAGCCAUGGACACUCCAGCA